CUCAUUUUUAGAUCCUUGACUUGGCAUAUCUAGCUCGUUCUCUCGUGGUUCAACACCAGAACGCGACUCUCAAAAAGUCGCGAUAUUCUUCUUCAGAGCGUGUUUUAUACCUACAUAUAUUUACUAUCGCGUUUUACACCAAUUUCUCGUUGCGAGGGACAACCGUUCAUCCCAUUUUCAGGGUCAUUUCUACCCCCCCCGGAGUCUAAAUCUAAAACAUUCCCGUAGAGUACAUGGCGUUUAGAAGAGUAUACGUAUGAGUAUGAGCCUCAAUCUUCCAAGUCUCAGAAUAGAAGCAGAUCCUGUUACGUGGUUUCAGUGGCCUUGGCCCUUCCCUUGUCGCUGCCGUUAACCGCCGGGCGUUUAAUCUAUUACUGUCUCUACCUAACGGGCGCUUAAUACACCACAGCCAAAUUGAGCGUCUUUGACUUUGUUUAAAUAUUAAAAAGCCCAUCGUCGCACCAUUCUCCGCGGCUACGGAAAUUUGCUCUCGAUCCACCAGAUUCUUCAUCUCUCUUCCCAUCUCGACUUACACAGCCUCAACCUAUUCUCUUGGAGAGUCGAGUUUGAAUGUCGCGACCUGGAUCUUGUCUCUCAUUCGCUGAUAUCGACGCGCCAGGAUCUCACGCGCCGUCAACCAAUAGACAUCGCGUCCAUUAACAAUCGCGAAGUUUCUUUGAACUGGGGAAAAAAAUGAGUGGCUCUAGAAUAUGGGGAGGUUACUGUAUGGAGGGAGUAGGUAGUAUCUGCUGCAGACUAUCGUGGACGUGCUGCAUUUCCCUGUGUCUUGCCGUUUCUUGUUUCAUGUUUCAUUCAACUUUUGGCCAUUCAUUCUCUAUCCUGGUCCUAGCCUCUCGCCAAGCUUUGACGGCUAAAGCGCCUUCUCUGAUCAACGCGACCACGUCCACGCUUGUAUCUCGCUCCACUUGCCUCUUCUGUAACCCCUACCCCUUGUGUUCACUGCAACAAUGUCUCUUAUGCCUCUCCGUAGUGUACUUUGCUCCCUGUGGUGGACCUCAUGAUGCCAGGUACACGCUGCCUCAUCAUCGUGCCACCACUGAACUCAUACUCAAUACCCUAGAGCUUCUGAAUUUCUUGAACGUAUUCUCUGCUUUUGUUUCAAAUAACAAUAUCUGCCAUCUCGGUAUAAUGGUGCUUAUCUAUAGUCAUCUAAUCCCAAACUCCUUCCAAAUAGCCAACUGUAUAGACCAUAUCCAACAGAAUGGCUUGCUGGUAUAAGAGAUACACUUAAUGCAAGUGACACAAGAAACUUCUCUAUAACUCUCUCACCAGCUAGGGGUAUUCAUCCAU